AAAUUGUUUGUUCUGAGAAAUGACCGCAGAAACAAUUGAGAAUACAACGAAGUUAUUUAAGUUUUCGUUUCCAACAUGCACCAACGAGGAUGUCCUGUUCAAACUCGAAGUCCCCGUUCUAAUUCCGCACGACGGCUCUACGCGAGAGCUCGUGCAACGCGUUCUAAACAUGUUCCACAUUCCAGUUUAUUUAGAAGAGGAGUUGAACGAGAAACUAGCAGAAUUUGUAUCAAAGGAAACGAAAACAUUCCACGAUGAACGUGAUGCGGCACUCAUCAGCCAGCUUAAGAACAGUGAACUUAAUGUUGAUGGUAUCGUCAAGAACUGGGAAAAGCUUUUCAAGGACAAUGUAGUAGAGUUUGCAGAACAGAAGGGCACUUCAGACGAGGAGGUGUUCGCUGCUGCAUACCACAAGCUUGUGCACUCGCCAGCACUCGAGACCAUACUGCAAGUGGAGAACUCUUAUGCGAAGACUGUUAUGAAUACAUUAAAAAACCGAGAUGAGGAUAUUAAAAAGCUCACUCAAAGGCAAACGGAGGAAAUGGAGGAGAAAGUGCGUCUCCUGAACACGUCCACGACCGAGGAGGAGAUCAACGCGCUGGCGGCGGCGCACUUCGAGGCGCAGAGCGUGGUGGCGGGCCGCUGGGGCUCGCAGCUGGACGCGCUGGCGCAGGCGCAGCGCGCGCACCACCGCCGCUGGCUCAUGGCCACGCUGGAGGAGUACCAGACCACGUCCGCGCUCAACACGCCCAGCAACUCGCCGCUGGCCACGUUCUCGGCGGACUCGCCGCUGUACUCGCCGGCGCCGGCGCCGACGCCCGGCGGGCCGCGCCUGGAGGAGAGCUUCACCAUCCACCUGGGCAGCCAGCUGAAGCAGACGCACAACAUCCGCAUCGUCGCCGCGGACCCGCUGGACCUGUGCCGCGUGGACAACCUGGACAACGGCACGGCGGCGUCGCGGCGCCUGCAGACGUCGCUGGCGCUGUACUCCAGCGAGCUGGCGGCCGUGGUGCUGCUGUGCGACAGCCCGCCGCCGCGCCUGGCGCCGCCCACCACGCUGCUGGCGGCCGCGGCGCAGGCCGCCACGGAGCACCACUUCGCCGACGUGGACGCGCAGCUGCGGCUGGUGGCCGAGCGGGUCAAGGGCCCGGUGGAGAAACGCAACUCGCAGAGGUUCAAAGAGCAGGCGGAGAACGCGAACAGAGGCAACGGCAGCGGCGUCGCGCCGCCUCGGCCCCGGUCCAAGCGGAAUCUGCAGACCGGCGACGUCUUCGUGACGAAGCACAGCAACCUCGCCGACGUGCACGUCGUCUUCCACCUCAUCGUCGACGACUCCUCGCUGCGCUCAGGUGCGCGCCCUCGCCGGCGCCGGGCCGCCGCCCGCGGACUGGGUCGCGCGACUCAAAGCCUUCUGCGGCGCAGGCGACAUCACCUCGCGGCACCCCGCCAUCCUGGGCCUGCGCAACAUCCUGAAGGCGGCGUGCAGCAACGACGUGACCAGCAUCUCGCUGCCGCUGCUGCUGCGCCACGAGCACUCCGAGGAGAUGACGCUGGCGUGGUGCAUGCGCCGCGCCGAGCUGGUGCUGAAGUGCGUGAAGGGCUUCGUGCUGGAGGCGGCGGGCUGGGGCGGCGCCGAGCUGCAGACGCUGCACUUCCUGCUGCCGCCCGACACGCGCGCCGACCUCUUCACGGCGCUGGCGCACCAGCUGCCCAACAUCUUCCGCCUCUCCAACCCCGUCAAGGGCAAGCCGCCCUCCGCCGCGACUCGAGCCGACGAGGGAAGGUGAAUCGAGUAAACGAACCUUUGCAUUCCACCGUUUAUUUAUCAAAUGUAAAUCGAUUCAAUUAUAUUGACAAUAUUCGCUUUAAAAUACCGACUACCUCUAGUGACAAACGUACUCUUUACGAUUCGCUUCCUACACCUCGAUCGCCGGCGUAGUGGGUUCGCAACGAGCGCCUCGGUUGAGCCGGCGAUACUGUAAAAUUUGUUGAAACCCGACACUUUUGCUGGCGACCGAUGUAUUAUAAAUUAUCACGCGAGCCUGUCGGACAAAACCCAGGCGCGCAUUCUUACCGCUAUGGGCGCCUUCAAAUUGGACACCUCGUAGAAGCGCUGCAGUGAUUUUUACUGCACUUAAUGUGACUGCAAUCGGGCGCGGCUGUGGCGCCAGUGGUGCCACUGCAGCACUUCUCUAAGCGUCUUAAUUUGAUGGCGCCCUAACGCGGAACGGGCGCAACACUUUACUCUAAAGGAUGUAUUUUACGAAAUAAAUAUAAUGUAUACAUUGUCUAUUUUUUUUAAUCAAA